AUGGGCCACAGUUCAGACCGAGACAUCAGCGGCACUGCCGUAGAGCCCAAAGGCGCCGCCGGCUCCCACAUCGAACAAACCUCCUCCAACCUCGAAGCCAACAUCAACCUCGAAGCCAAGCUCAAGAACCCGCUCGAUGGGCUUUCCCGCACCGAGCUCCUCUCACGCGUCGAGACCUUCUGCGCCGAAAAGGACCUAACCGAGCACCUCCCGCUCUUCCGUAAGGGAGCACUCAUCGCCCAAUCCCCGGACAACUAUGCGUCCAUCUCCGGCCCGGAAGCCUUGGACGAAGAGGAGAAAGCAGUCCUUUUGAAGGAGGUCGAACACAAGUGGCGGCUGCCGGCAAGACUGUUCCUGACGAUUGCGACUUGCUCGAUCGGUGCUGCUGUCCAAGGGUGGGAUCAGACGGGCACGAAUGGCGCGAAUAUCUUCUUCCCGGAGUAUUAUGGUAUUGGAGGGGACACUGCGAGGGAGAAGUUGCUUGUUGGAUUGAUCAAUGCUGGGCCUUAUAUUGGGAGCGCAUUCAUCGGCUGCUGGCUUUCUGACCCCAUCAACAACUGGAUCGGUCGUCGUGGUGUCAUCUUCGUCUCUGGUCACUUCUGUCUCUGGCCCGUCAUUGGUUCUGCUUUCUGUCACACAUGGCCCCAGCAACUGGCCUGCCGUCUGCUGAUGGGUAUUGGUAUGGGUGUGAAGGCAUCAACGGUGCCGAUUUAUGCUGCGGAGAACUCGCCUGCUUCUAUUAGAGGUGCGCUGGUCAUGUCAUGGCGUGAGUACUCCCGAGUGUUCCUUACUAGUAACACAAGUGAUGAAGAUGCUAACACCCUUCCAGAAAUGUGGACAGCCUUCGGCAUCUUCUUGGGCACUGCCUUUAACCUUGCCGUCUUCCACACCAGCCACAACGUCAACUGGCGCCUCAUGCUCGGCGCCCCCUUCAUUCCCGCCGUGCCCUUGGUCCUGCUCAUCUAUCUCUGCCCCGAGUCCCCGCGCUGGUUAAUGAAGAAGAACCGCUACCCAGAAGCCUGGAAGUCCAUGAUCAAGCUGCGCAACCACCCCAUCCAAGUCGCCCGCGACAUGUUCUACAUCCACUCGCAAUUGGAAGUUGAGCACCAGCUCCUCGCCGGCUCCAACUAUGCCCAGCGCUUCGUCGAGCUCUUCACCAUCCCUCGUGUUCGCCGCGCCACCCUCGCCGCUUUCACCGUCAUGAUUGCCCAGCAGAUGUGCGGAAUCAACAUCAUCGCCUUCUACAGCACCACCAUCUUCAAGGAGUCCGGCUCCAGCGAAGUCCAAGCCCUGCUUGCCUCCUUCGGCUUUGGUAUAGUCAACUGGGUCUUCGCCUUCCCCGCCUUCUGGACCAUCGACACCUUCGGCCGGCGCUCUCUACUUCUCUUCACCUUCCCGCAAAUGAUGUGGACUUUGCUAGCGGCAGGGCUCUGCACCUUGAUGGACAUGGGCACCGCCCGGACCGGCCUUGUCGCCUUAUUCGUCUUCCUCUUCGCCGCGUUUUACUCCCCCGGCGAAGGUCCCGUCCCCUUCACCUACUCGGCAGAAGUUUUCCCCCUUUCUCACAGAGAAGUGGGCAUGGGCUUCGCCGUGGCCACCUGCCUCUUCUGGGCCUCGGUGCUGGGUAUCACCUUCCCCUUCUUGCUUGAUUCUCUAGGCACUGUCGGCGCCUUUGGGCUGUACGCGGGUUUCAAUCUGGUGGCGUUUAUUGCUAUCUUUUUGUUCGUGCCGGAGACGAAGCAGAAGACGCUCGAGGAGCUGGAUUAUGUCUUUGCUGUUAAGACGAGCAAGUUCAUGUCGUAUCAGUGCACUAAGGCGCUGCCGUGGUUUAUCAAGAGAUGGGUGUUUUGGCAGAGGAAUGCGAAGCUGGAGCCGCUUUAUGAGUUUGAUCGGGUGAAGGAGGCGGAGAGAGAGAGGAGGGCAGAGGCGGAGAGGAGGGCAGAGGAGACGGGGACUGUUACUUCUACUGGGACCAACUUGGAUGAGAAGAAGGGACUGAGUCAUGUGAAUGCUCCCAAUGCUUAG